AGCAUUCAAAUUAAAUUAAAAACGAAAAUGUUGACCAGUGAAUAUUGCAACUCUGAUUUCUCGUAUUACCCCGCUACAUUGCACGAAUAUGAGGACCAAUCUGAACGAAGUGAAUAUAAUCCAAUAAAGAUUAGUGAAAAUAUGGAAGAGUUUGCGGCUUUGUACGGCUUGGAAUUCAGCAGCAGUAGUCCCUCGUUGUCAUCGUCGUCAUCUAUAGAAAGUCAACCGGAUGUAGCGGAUUGCAAUUUCGAUGAGAAUUUUGCAAACACCCACGAUUUUGAUUACACAAUUGAAAGUACGCAACGUAUCACUGGCAUCAGCGAAAAUUCUAAAUUCCGUUCAAUUCCAAAAUUGCAAAAUUCACUGAAGUGCAAUCAACCGCUAAGCAGCAACGAUUCUUGCGCACCAACAACGACGGAAAAGUGGAAGAAUCGAAACGUACAGUGCAGGACGAUGGACAGAAUUGGUUUCCUGUCGCAUAAGCCACCAACUCAGCACCAUUUCCAUAAAAUGUCUGCCAUGUCAGCGAAUACGCCCAGCUGUGCCACACAGGAGGUCCUGCGAAAGCGCCGACUUGCCGCUAAUGCACGCGAACGGCGCCGCAUGAAUAGUUUGAAUGACGCUUUUGAUAAGCUGCGCGAUGUAGUGCCAUCACUGGGCAAUGAUCGUCGCCUUUCGAAAUUUGAAACGCUGCAAAUGGCUCAAGCCUACAUUGGGGAUUUGGUUAAGCUGCUGACGCGUGAUUAUUAAUUUUUAUUUUAAGAGAGUGGGAGAGAGAGAAAGAUUUUUUAAACAAUAUUGUAAAUGUGUACAUAAAUAUGUAAAUUAGAUUUUAGAUAUUUAUUUAUCUUACGAAUUAAAAAGCUUCGCAAAUGAUUAUUAUAAA